GGACAAGGGGACCAGAUUCUUCUUCAACGUGGAGUUCGCCCGACUCAACAAGCGCAAACACGCGCGGGCGAACGGCGGAGCCGAGUCCGAAGUCAAGGCGGGCGGUGACAAGGCGGGCGUCAGCGUGGCGCUGCCGCGAUCGCCCAGCUCGUCAUCGGACGAGGAGGAUUUCAUCGGCGCAGACUCGAUCAAGGAGGACGCGCUGCCCCCGUCUGCGCGUUGCAUCAUCCACCCGCGCACCAAGAACGCCACCCGUAGGCACGUCACCAGCAUCUUGAAGUGUUUUAAGGGCCGCGCGGGCGUCAACUACGUCGUCGUGUCGUCCGAGGGUGAGGUCGAGGCGAAGGUGCGACGGGCGAGUAACCUCGGCGCGCCCAUCAUCCUCGUCGACGUCGAGAAGGUUGACGACGCCAAGGAGUUCAUCACCGCGCAUCCCGACGCGGGAAUCAUCCUCUUUGGUCUGCCCUAUCAGCUCAUAGAGCUGCACAAGCGCGUCGCCAGCUCGCGAAACGUCCUGACGGUGCUCAAACCCGUCAAGCCUUCCGACCUCAUCGACGCAAUCAACAAGCUCGUCGCCUCGCACGAUUCGGACGCCAAGUGGUCGACCGAUCCGACGCCCAUGGACGAGUCCAGAAGCUCUCUGGACGCGAAUGAGAAGCUCGAGAUUGCAUCCGCGCUCAACUCCGAGGCUGCGAGGAUGCGCGAGGACAUGUACGCGGUCGAGGCGCGCGUCUCGGGUUCGAGCGAAGCCGGCUCGGAGGGGUCCGCCGCCGACGUUAAGGAUUUUCUCCACAACUCGUUAAUUAAUCCGCCGGAGUUUCACAACCGGCCCUCCAAGCCGGACGCCGCGAAGGGCUGGAGCAAGGACCUGGAAGGAAUUACGGUGCUGUUGGCGGAGGAUAACACGAUGAACCAGCAGAUGGCUAAGUUUUCCAUCGAAAAGUGCGGCGCCAAGCUGGAAAUCGCGCACCACGGGCGGCACGCGCUGGAGUGCGUGCGCUACCGCAUGGAGAAUUACCUGUCAAACUACGAUUGCAUCCUGAUGGACAUGAUGAUGCCGGUGAUGGACGGAGAGGCGGCGACGCGGGCGAUCAGGGAUCUCGAGCUGAAGAUGGGCAGGGGCGACAAGAGGCACGUCAUCGUGGGACUGUCGGCGAAUGUCGGGCCCGAGUACACCGCUCGGGUCAAGGCGGCGGGCAUGGACGGCAGCUUGUCCAAGCCCUUCUACCCGGCCACGCUGCGAAACACGCUUCUGCAGGUGAGGCAAGGGACGUACAAGGGUUUCGAGGGGGAGAUGACCUGCCCGGGAGAUAACCUGCCCGCGCAUUGAGGCGAGCGAGCUUAAGUGACUUAGUGAGGCUUAAGCUCGGGCGGGGGCGACGAAAUAUUUCCGAGGAAGGUGGGGCGCUCGGAAGCCUUCUCGGAGAGGGGGACGCGCGCUCGGGCGCGGCCGCGCGGUGUAUCACGAUUGCUUUGCUUGGCGUUGGAGCGCUAUUAUCACCGCUCGAUGACGCUAUCUUAAAUGCUACAAUAUCGUACAAGAA